AUGGCCACCAGUUCCAUUAUCAUAGACCAAGGGUCUGGCUUUCUGAAGGUGGGCCUGUCGGGCUGGAAUCAGCCCCAUGUACUCUGUCCCAGCAUCGUGAACUAUAUCCCCUGCCAGGAGAACCCGGGCCCCAGCUCUGCCCGUAGACAGGUGAGCAUGGGCAUCGACCCCUACAACCCCGACACCUUCAGCCGCCCCAUCCAGCGCGGCCGCGUCAUCAACUGGGAAGGGGUGGAGCACAUGUGGAGCUUCGCGCUGCAGCGCUUCAAGGAGCACCGUGGUAACUGUCCUGUGAUACUCAACGAUUCUCUGCUGAAGGAGCCUGAGGACCGCAGGAAGACCCUAGAGAUCAUGUUUGAGCUCCAGCAAGUGCCGGCUCUGCUUCUGGCGGACGAGCUGGAGAUGUCCCUGUACUCCACGGGGCUCCUAACUGGCGUGGUGGUUGACUCGGGGUAUGGCCUGACCCGCAUACAGCCCUUCUUCCUGGGCCAGUCCCUGUCCAACAGCAGGAGGACCAUGGAGCUCGCCGGCCAGGACCUCUCCACCUACCUCUUCAAAAACCUCUUUAAAGAAAAAUGUGACGAGCACAACCUUUACCAGAUGGAGACGGUGGCCCGGACGCAGACGACCAAGUGCUACGUGCCGAAGAAUCUGCAGGAGGCGCUCAACUUCCACCAGAGCCUGCCCAACAGCCCUGACAAGGGGAAUAACUUCCAGCUCCCAGAUGGCACCCCGGUGGAGCUGCCGCCUCUGGCGCGGCUGGCGCCCGAAAUGUUCUUCAACCCUCAGGUGUUUGGGCAGCAGGGCCCCGGUCUCCCCCAGGUCCUGGUGGAGUCCAUCAAGUCCUGUGAGGUCCCCAGGCAGCUAGUGCUCCUGUCCCACGUGGUGCCCUGUGGGGGGAACAGCCUGUACCCUGGCCUCACCAGGCGCCUGUCUGAGGAGCUGAACUCUGGCCACUUCCCCUACAAGGCCACUGUGUGGGUGGGAGAGCACAGGCGCUUCAGUGUGUGGCUGGGCGCCUCCGUGGUGGCCCACUUUUCUAGCUACAAGUCCCAGUGGCUGCGCAGGCAAGAGUAUCUGGAGAGCAUGAGGCUGUGA